AUGGAGAGUUUAAGUGAGUGGUACAGGGACCUCAUGGAUAGCAGAGGUGAUCCCCGUGUGAAGGACUGGGCCAUGAUGUCUUCCCCGCUACCAACGUUGGCCGCCUGCCUGUGCUACGCGUUUUGCGCCAAGAAGCUUGGGCCAGCCCUGAUGUCCAGCCGCAAACCAUUCGAUUUGAGAAAUACCCUGGUCAUAUACAACUUUGUUCAGACCGUGUUCAGUGCUUGGAUAUUUUACGAGUACAUGGCGAGCGGUUGGUGGGGCGAUUACAACUUCCGGUGUCAGCUUGUUGACUAUUCCCGAAGCCCAAAGGCGAUGAGGAUGGCAAACACUUGCUGGUGGUACUACUUCAGCAAGUUCACGGAGUUCUUCGACACUCUGUUCUUUGUGCUUCGCAAGAAGAACGAGCACGUGUCGACUCUGCACGUCAUCCACCACGGCAUCAUGCCAAUGUCUGUAUGGUUCGGACUCAAAUUUGCACCAGGUGGCCACAGCACCUUCUUUGCGCUGCUGAACACGUUUGUGCACAUUGUGAUGUACUUCUACUACAUGGUGUCUGCCCUUGGACCUCGCUACCAGAAAUACAUCUGGUGGAAGAAGUACCUCACUGCCUUCCAAAUGGUGCAAUUCGUGCUGAUCUUCAGCCACCAGCUCCAAGUGCUCUUCCGGCCUUCGUGCCAGUACCCUCGCGUCUUCGUCUACUGGAUCGCGAUGCACGGCUUCCUCUUCCUCUUCCUUUUCACAGACUUCUACAAAGCGCGAUACAAUAAGGCCGAGAAGUCCAGACUCAACAUGGGACUCUGCAUGACGGUGCUAGAAGACAGUUCGAAGAACGGCUACAAGCAAGAGGACUCGUCGGUUCCGAACUCGUACGCGUCGUCGGCCGCGGACGCGUUCGUUCGCCGGCGGCCGGUCACGUAG